AGUAACUCCUCGCCUGGAUCAACAGACCAAAAAGAACGCCUGUCUCUAUACUCUCCUGGUUCAAUGGAGCGAGCAGAUCGCCUUUCUCUUCAUUCACCCGCAUCGAUAGAUCGAACAGAGCGAUUCUAUUUACAAUCUCCCAGCUCAAACUCAGAAAAAGGGAACACGAAAAGCCCAAGCAGUUCUUUUACUCCAUUUGGUAGUUCUAGUAGCCGUCACUACCUUCAUAGCGGCAUUCCAAUAAUAUCUCCAGCAGCAUCUUUGCCGACUGCUCUGGGUUUACCUGCUGCUUGGUUGCAAUAUUCACUGUAUCCUCCACCAACUUCUCUUGCAAACAAUACACGGCCACUUAGCCUAGUAGAGUAUCACCAACAAUUCAAGCAGGCCAGUAUGCCAACUGACUUAUCUUAUUUCAAAUACAAAGCCCCUUUAAUGAACAGAAACUAUUUAGAACUUGCUAUGCUCGUGUGUAACACAUUUCGUGGUAAGUUAUUUCCUUGCUCACACUGUCGUUAUGUCACAGACAGACGCAACAAUCUAAAAAGACAUAUUUCUACAAUGCAUCAAGCCUGCGAUAAAGUCCUGGAAUGCUGUGGUGUCACUUUCUCAACAAAAGCGUCUCUGAGGGAACACAUCACAAUAUUUCAUCACAACGGUUAUUCCUGUCCGUUCUGUGGGCGACGAUUCUGUCGGAAAGCUUUGCUAAGACGUCACCUGUCUGUCCAUAAUGGACAAAAGGACUAUAACUGUCCACAUUGUGAUUAUGCAACUAGCCACAAGAGUAAUCUAGAGAGACAUAAACGAAUUCAUGAUAGACUGAAAAUAAAUGAACCAGUGCCCCUGCUUGCCCACAGCAGAAUUACUAAUACUAAUAUUAACAAUGGAUUUCAUUCCUCCGAUAGUGAUGUAGACUGCACUACGACUAAUUGUGAUACAGAUAACUAUACUAAACUCCUUGAUACAACCAUAAUGCCGCCGGAAAAUGAUUUCAUCUCGGAAAAUAAUCCCAUUCCUCUGUUAACUAACAGAAAAAGUUCUUGCAUUGACGAAAAAUCAAAGUUUUCAGAAACGAUUUCUUGUGAUGUAGAUUGAUGUUGAAGUUAGCAUUGGAUUUCCCUCUUCUGGCUUAGAACUAUUCUGGUCAGCUUUAGCAUUUGGAUACAUCAUUUAGUCUUAAAUCAAAGAAUAUAUAUCGUCUGUGAAAAUCUGGACAAGUAUAUUAGACGCCAACUAAAAAACGAUAUGAAAUUUAACUGUAAAUGAUAAAAAAAAAGAAAUGUGGAACUCUUAAACGUUUGGAGGACAAUUUCAAUACUGCAGUACUGUAGUGACGUGUUAAAUGUAAGACAAGUUAGAGAAACUCGUUUCAAUGAGAAAACAUGAAAACGCUUUACAAACCCCUCUAAUUAUUUAGACAUACAUUUUUGUGGGCAAUAUAUUGGAAUUAAUUUAUUUUAUAACAUCAAAAAUACGUUUUACCAGUCUACAACAGCCAACCCUCCUAACAAUAAACAUUCGAUAGUGCUUGGUAGACUUUUAUCAUGAGAUAACAUUAAAAAAAAAAAAACUCUCCAUCAAAAUAACAGUAUCUGUAUUACAGACAGUUAUCACCAUUUUAUAUGUCAAUGAUGUAUCAUCGUCAUUAUGGUAAUUGCUGUAUGAUAAUUAUAUUAUCAGGGAUCGAUAUCAUGACUAUCACCGCGGUUGAGCUGCGUCAGAUUUAACAAUAAGCCAUUUCGUUCUCCUCCUCCUCCUCCUCUUCCCCAUCAUCAGCAUCAGCAUUAUCGUGUCGAUCUUUACUACCACCAUCAUAUCACACGAUCAUGAAUUUUCUAAACGCUGCCAUUCCACAAUCAUGGGCCAAAGGUGGAGAGAAUGCUAUUUUCAUAACAUUCGACCUGGAAGAUAUAACAGUCAAAUCUCCCUUGAGCGAUAACAGCUGCAUUGGAUAAUCUAGUCUGCGAUCUAUAAUUUCUGAAAAUAAGAUGGGAUGGUCAUGGUUGUAAUGUCUUGGAUCAUAAGCCGACACUUAUACUGCCGACUUGGGGCUCUACAUCAAGCAUUACUAUUAAUAAUAAAAUAAAUCCAUCCCCACCACCACCACCACCACCAAAAACAACACUUUUGCUAUGUCUAUGUAAAUAUAUUUGUCUUACAAUUAUGUUAAUUUUUUAAUUAAUUAAAAAAUCCAAGUUAAUGAACAGAAAAUCAAUGAUUGUUGUAAUUAAAUAAUGACGUAGGCAUAGGCUUGGCUGUGUGGUAAGAAGAUUGCUUCCCGCCUAUUUGUUUCUGGGUUCAGUCCCACAGCGUAACAUCUUGGGCAAGUGUCUUCUAUUAUAGCCUCGAGCCGACCAAAGCGUUGUGAGUGGAUUUGUUAGACGGAAACUGAAAGAAGCCCGUCGUAUAUAGAUAUCUAUAUAUCUAUUUAUCUAUGUGUGUGAAUCUUGUGUUUGUCGCACCACUAGCGCUAGACAACUGGUGUUGGUUUGUUUACAACCCCGUAGCUUAACGGUUCGUUAAAAGAGACCAAUAGAAUAAGUGCCAGACUUUAAAAAAGUACUGGAGUGGAUUCGUUCGACCAAAAACUCUUCAAGGCGGUGCCCCAGCAUGGCCGUAGUCUAAUGACUUCAACAAGUAAAAGAUAAAUUUGAUAAACUGUUACGUUAUAGUUAGCUGUAUAACUAAUAGUUAUUGAGUAUGCAUACAAAUACCAACACAAGGAAUACUGGUGGAACAUUCCCAUCAAAACAUCUGUCAAGUGUAAGCAUAACAGGCCAAAUAUCGUUGUUUGGGGACAAGAAAAAGUAUGUACUAUCAUGGUGGUCAGCUGUCCUGCUGAUGUGAAUAUCUCUUUGAAAAUCAAGGAGAAGGAAGAUAAUUAUGGACAACUGCUUCAAAACCUCCAGUUUCUAUAUCCGGAUUACAAAUUUACAUUUAUAUCAGUAAUAAUUGGAACCCCUGGUUUUAUAAGUAAAUGCCUAACUGUCAGUCUGGAUAAACUUGGAUUUUCAGAAAAAAAAUCAACCAAUUGAUUCGCACAUUACAAAUACAAUCUGUAAGUGGGACAGUAAAACUAUGCGAGACUUUUCUCAGGUUUAAAAUGUGACAUUGUUUUCGUUAUCCACAUUCCAACAACGGAGCUUUGUAUCUUUGUUAGAAACCAGCUCCCUCUUUAGAGAAAGAAUUUAAAUGAUUAAAUACUGAAGACACACACACACAUUUGUCCCAACAAUAAGCGGAGCACUUGGUUUUGUAAGUAAAUGCCUGUCAGUCUGUUUAAGUUUGGAUUUUCAGAAAAAGAACUCAACCAACUGAUUUGCACAAUAUAAAUACAAUCUGUAAGUGGGACAGUAAAACUAUGCGAGACUUUUCUCAGGUUUAAAAUGUGACAUUGUUUUUGUUAUCUACAUUCCAAUGAUGGAGCUUUGUAUCUUUGUUAGAAACCAGCUCCCUCUUUAGAGAAAUAAUUUAAAUAAUUAAAAACAGAAAAGAACAUAAACAUGCAUACAUACAUACAUACAUACAAACAAACAUCACUCCUCUUACGAGUCUGGUGAAGGGCCAAUUUCGAAAACAAUAUCUGGCCACAUUCUUCCAACCGUACAUUAGCCUUGCUGUUGGAAUAUUGACUCUGAUUUUAAUUAGGGUCUGAUGUCUUGUGUGUAACGGCCAAUUCCAUGUUAAAUCCAUUAUAUGCAAGACACCCACAAACAAAUGACCAACUAACCCGAAUAUAGAGGAUGUAUACCAUAAGGCAUUGUUUCCCAAUGUAGGUUCCGAGGAAACCCAGGGUUCUGUGAAAAAAUUCCGUAAGAUAAAGGGUUUUUUUUUUAUUACAUAAAAUUUAAUUAUUUACUUCAUAAAAACAUGGCAUAUAAAAGUACUUCAAGAUGUUAUACGCUCAUUUAUUUUAUUUAAAGUCUUAAAAUUAGGGUGGCGGGGGUUAUCCAUAAAAUAUAGAUGUGGGUUCGCGAUUUUGGAGGAAAUCAUAUAAGGAUUCUAUUGAUAAAACAAGUGGGGAGGAGGGGCACUAAAUUGAUAUGUGUAUACAUUUAUAUGUAUAUGUGUAUGCGCAUGUAUCCGCACACACACACACAAAUCUAUUUUAGAAGACAGGCAAAUCUGAAGAGACGCUAGACGUUAUGAAAUUUAAAAUCAAAAUUCUCUUCGCAGUAUAAUUAAAAAGGUAUAAUAGAUUACGGCAUACGAUAUUUUUGAGGGGAAUGUAAUUAACUGCUAUUUCACUAAAACCAAUAUCUCACUUUACCACCAAUAUCCACAUUCGUAACAUCGCCGCUGUUACAGUCUCCUAUAUCAUGCUCCGUAACCUUUUUUCACUUGUUGUACACUUAUAUUCUUUUCAAAAUUCGGCGGCACACCUGAACUAAAAACAUAACUAAAAGUAUAAGGGAAAAAAUUAUAUUCAGGUUACAUUGCGGCACGCCUAGCAUCGUCUCGUGUCACACCAGUGUGCCGCGGCAUACCGGUUGCAGAGCAUUGUCCUAUAUUUUCACCACACCGACAACCAACGAUGUUAACGCUAACACAAGCACGACGAGGGAACCCUUACGAAGUCGCUCAACUGAAAGAAAUAGUGAGAUAAAUCCCCCUCAAAUCACACCUUGUAGUUCUUGAUAGUAUAAAGGAGGCAGGAUGGUUAUGCUUGGAAUGCCUUUGAUCGUAGGUUUGCUCAAUGAAAGCUGACCUGCAGCUAAGCAACAUCAAUCACAAACAUCAAAUUAAAUCAUAAACUUAAAAUUACCGUUGCAGGUGACUAAAUACUCCGUCACAGCGUUACAAUGAUCUAUCAAUACCCCACCCAUCAGCUUUGUCCUCGUCAUUCUCUGGUUUGUAUCAGUUUCUGCUCUGACAACUAUGUCUCUCGCCGCCAAUGACUACCUUUGAUACAGUUAUAUAAAUGUACGUUGCUUCUGGUUUACGGAAAUAAAAUACAAUUAAACAAUGACUGACUAUAUUGAACAAGACAUCUUCAUUGUUUUCGUUUGUAAUCCAA